GGUGUGUCCGAGCCGAGGGGGCGGGGCAACAGCAGCCCGCGGCUAGGUGACCGGCGCCUGCGCAGAGGGCCCCCGAGCGACACCUCUGGCCGGGACCCGGUGAGACUCGGUCUCGGCUGAGGCGUUCCCGGUCUGUCUCCCGGGCCGGGUCCCACGCCUGGCUCGGCCAUGAACCGGUGCGCUGAGGCGGCGGCGGUGGCGGCCACAGUGCCGGGCUCGGGCGUCGGGGAGGCGGGGCUGCGGCCGUCCAUGGUGCCGCGCCAGGCGUCCUUCUUCCCGCCGCCGGUGCCGAACCCCUUCGUGCAGCAGACGCAGAUCGGCGCGGCCCGCCGGGUGCAGAUUUUCCUUCUUGGAAUAAUCCUGCUUCCAAUUCGUGCCUUAUUGGUUGCAUUAAUUAUAUUACUGGCAUGGCCAUUUGCUGCAAUUUCAACAGUCUGCUGUCCUGAAAAGCUGACCCACCCAAUAACUGGUUGGAGGAGGAAAAUUACUGCAACGGCUUUGAAGUUUCUGGGUCGUGCCAUGUUCUUUUCAAUGGGAUUUAUAGUUGCUGUGAAAGGAAAGAUUGCAAGUCCUCUGGAAGCACCAGUUUUUGUUGUCGCCCCUCAUUCAACAUUCUUUGAUGGAAUUGCUUGUGUUGUGGCUGGGUUACCUUCUCUGGUAUCUCGAAGUGAGAACGCACAGGCUCCUUUGAUUGGCAGACUGUUACGGGCUGUGCAACCAGUGUUGGUCUCCCGUGUAGAUCCGGAUUCCCGAAAAAACACAAUAAAUGAAAUAAUAAAGCGAGCAACAUCAGAAGGGAAAUGGCCCCAGAUACUAGUUUUCCCAGAAGGUACUUGUACUAAUCGUUCCUGUUUGAUUACUUUUAAACCAGGAGCCUUCAUCCCGGGAGUUCCAGUGCAGCCCAUCCUCCUCAGAUACCCAAACCAGCUGGAUACUGUGACCUGGACUUGGCAAGGAUAUACAUUCAUUCAGCUCUGUGUGCUUACUUUCUGCCAACCCUUCACAAAGGUAGAAGUGGAGUUUAUGCCGGUUCAAGUACCAAGUGAUGAAGAAAAAAAUGAUCCUGUCCUUUUUGCCAAUAGAGUCCGGAGUUUAAUGGCAGAAGCUCUGGGAAUACCAGUAACAGAUCACACAUAUGAAGACUGCAGAUUGAUGAUUUCAGCAGGACAGCUAACAUUGCCCAUGGAAGCUGGGUUGGUGGAAUUUACUAAAAUUAGCCGGAAAUUGAAAUUAGAUUGGGAUGGUGUUCGUAAGCAUUUGGAUGAAUAUGCAUCUAUUGCAAGUUCCUCAAAAGGAGGAAGAAUUGGAAUUGAAGAAUUUGCAGAGUAUUUAAAGUUGCCUGUUUCAGAUGUCUUGAGACAACUUUUUGCACUCUUUGAUAGGAACCAUGAUGGCAGUAUUGACUUCCGAGAGUAUGUGAUUGGCCUGGCUGUCUUGUGCAACCCUGCCAACACAGAGGAGAUCAUCCAGGUGGCAUUUAAGCUCUUUGAUGUUGAUGAGGAUGGCUACAUAACCGAGGAAGAAUUUUCCACCAUUCUGCAGGCUUCCCUUGGAGUCCCUGACCUUGAUGUUUCUGGUCUUUUCAAGGAAAUAGCCCAAGGGGACUCUAUUUCCUAUGAGGAAUUUCAAAGAUUUGCCCUAAAGCAUCCAGAGUAUGCUAAGAUAUUUACAACAUACUUAGACCUUCAAACCUGCCAUGUGUUUUCACUCCCAAAAGAAGUCCAGACAACUCCCUCUAUUGCAAGUAAUAAAGUCAGUCCAGAAAAGCAUGAAGAGAGUAUCUCAGCCAAAAAAGAUGACUAAAAGCUGUAUUCCCAAUAAGGAAAACACAGUGGCUUGCACUGGAAACUGUAAGGGCAUUUAUUGGUAGUGUUUUUAAUAUAUUUGUUGAGUAAUCAUGUUUAAAAUGGAAAGCUUUUUUGUAAAAAUGAAAGGCUUUUUUACUAAAAAUGCUUUCAUUAACCUGCAUAUAUUAAUAUCAAGCAAUAUUUCUUUUCUUUUGUGUUAUAUUGUGCUUUACUGAUUGGUUUUAGUGGCAAUAAAUAUAUUUUUAUGGAUUUUCCAGUUUAAUUUGCAUAUCCAAAUGAAUGCAGUAGUCUUACUAUUUACUGGUGAGCAUUGAUCAAUACUGUAAAGAGAUUAAGAAGUAUAAACACUUUUUAAUCUACUUUCUUCUAAAAAAUAGUAAUAUUCUGUUAUCUUUAAUCUCUUCUCAUUCUGGAAAUAAGAAUGAAGAAUCUGAGAAGCGCUGCAGAAUUUUAUACCUUUAAUUUCACAGAUUCAUUUUUCCAUUUAAAUUUCAGUUUUGUAGAUCACUGAAUGUAGGGAGAGCUCCACUAUUUAAUUAAAUGCAACUAACUUCUUAAGAACUCAUGUUCUCUUUAUCAUGUAUCUCUGUUGCAGAUUUUCUUAACCUCCUGCUAAGCAAAUCAUAUCCUUUUACAUGAACUACAGGUUUAGAACUUUGUUUUAAAGACAACUGCUGUGUCCAAAGACUAAGUGGGAAUUGCCUUAUUGAAGGUAACAUUAAUUGCCUAAUGAGAAAAUGAAUUGUUUGCCACAGAGUUGAAUUUAAUUUGAGUUAGAUGGCUCAGAAUGUAGCACUUGUCCAAUGAAGGAAUCAGAUUUGUUCUAUUUAUAUAAUAUUAGAAUUAAUAAGUUUUGCCAUCCAAGUGGAAAUUUUAUUUUGUUAAGUGUCCUCUCAAAUUUUAGAGCUUGUGUGAAAUAGCUACAUGGAAAACACAGAAGGUUCCAAAGUAUCACCAAAAGCUAGAGAAUCCAAAAACCUGCUUUAUAAAUGCAAGACCACAAUUUAAGCCCCAGGCAGGAAUCCAACCAUAACAUUUUUCCCUUAGGCUAAGCAAUAAUUUCCCUGAAGUGCCAUUUUUAUUAAGUCUCAUGCAUGUAUAUCGUUAAUAUCAUUUAUGUUUGAGAUUCUGAACAAAGAACCAAUUUAUUAAUAUAAUGUACAAAAAUAGUUGGUUUAUGGUCUGAAUUCAGUCUUUGAAAUAAAACUCUUUGUUUUGGCUAUA